AUGUUUGUUUUUCUUACCCUUUCUCACCUUGUUUCAUGCUGGAGCACGGUGGAUGUUGACAGACUCCUUCAGUUUAGUCCAAAUGUAUCAGACUCUACAUCAUUUGGCUCGACAAGAGCUUCAUUUGAUUCUGCAUUAGGAGAUUUUAACUCAAAGCCAGAUUCCAAUCAAGCAGUUAUCGUAGAUCUCGAAAAAAUUACAUUAGAUGAACUUAAAAAGCAUCUAAAUGUUUCCUCACCUAUCAUUAUUCAAGUUCCAGAAAAACAAAUUGACACAAGUGAACUUGAAAAGCUUUUACUCAAGUCAGGACAUAAAUCACCAAUUUACUUUGCUUAUGGCAAUCAAAAAAUCCCAACAAACUACACAUAUGUCAAAACUAUUGAAAAUCCAUCCAACUCAGGACUGAAGAAAGUCAAAUUACAGAACGUUGUUGCAACAAUGAACUCAUCAAAGACAUUUGAUCGUCAGAGAAUUGCAAUAAUUUCCGCUCCAUUUGAUUCAUUCUCUGUUGUUCCAUCAGCAAACAUUGGUGCUAACCGCAAUGGCAUUGCUCUUGCAGCUUUCCUCGAAUCCAUGCGUCUUGUUUCUAAAUUCCCUGUUACAAAUAAUUGGGUUUUGAUGUUUGCCCUCGUAGAUGGCCAAUACUGUGCUAUGGAAGGUCUCGAGCACUUCAUCAACUCAAUCUCCACACCACAUGGCUUUUCUGUUGAGUUUGCUCUCUCAUUAGAAAACAUCGCUUCAAAGACACUCAAAGGACACUUUGCAACAAAGCUAAAGCGUGAUUCAGCCUUUACAAAGUUCAUGUACUGCCUUAAAGAUGCUCUUAAUACAACAGGAAUCCCAUUUGAAUGCGAUCUUUCAGAAGAAAAGCACGGCCAACUCGUUUACGGAUCUCACCUUCUUAGUGCCAUCUCCAUUACAGCUCCAGAAGAGGAAGAUGACCUUGCUCAUAUCACAGAUUUCAAAUCUGACGAUGAACGCGCUAACGAUAUCGCAUGGGCUGUAUCAGAAGCUCUUCUCAGAAUGAUGUACAAUACAGAUAACUCAGCCGUUAUGGUCGAACGCCGCUCAGUUAACGCAAUUUACUGGACAAAGGUCGCAAUGCAGCCAAGAAUGGUCCAUGUCAGAGAUCCAAAGUAUGUAGAUACAAUUGCUCAGUGGAUGUCCAAGUUUGGCCAGGUAAAGAUCGACCGUUGGACAACAACAAAUUGUCCAAAAUUGUACUCAGCAACAAAGUCAAAGAUUGUUUUGUAUAACCGUACUCCAGCUUCAGUUACACUUACCAUCAUCAUUGGAACUAUUAUUUAUGGCAUUAUUGUUCUCCUCGCUGUUGGCCGCCAAAAACUUCAGAAAUUCUUCAAUUAA